AGAAUAAAUAGGGCGAAAGUAUAUUAGUGUUAUAUAAGAACGAGUUGUUCCUACUAUGGGGAUUGGCUUGAUUAUUUCGAUUGCCUUGGUCACUUCUGUGCAAGGAGAAUCUCUGAAUAACACGUGCGAUUCGUCACCUUGCAAAAAUGGAGGAACUUGUGAACUUUCGACUAAAGGGCCGUAUUACACAUGUGUUUGUCAGCCAGAAUAUCAGGGAACUCAGUGUGAAAAAAUAAGAUUCAUCAACAGCACUACAAACAACUGCAAAUAUCACGUCAACCAUCGUGUUAAAAAAACAUUCACUGGGACAAAAUCAAUUUGUAGCAGUCUCGGAGGAGCGAUAGCAAUGAUGAAGACAGCAAGAAUUCAGGACUUGGUUGAAAGUCAGGCAAUAAAGCAGUAUGCAGCCACUCGUGAAUUUUUCGAGUUUUGGAUUGGUGGACACAAAAUUGAUAAUAGAUGGAUAUGGGUUGAUGGUACAGACGUGCCUAUGACAGGAGAAGAUUCAAAAUGGGCAAAAGGAAGCCAUCACACUUCCAGACACAACCGCGGUAUGAUUCUCAGCUCGUAUGCCCACUCAUGGACCGCUAUGGCAUGGUUUGCUAAAGUAAAGAAUAUGCAAAAGGGCUACGUAUGUGAGAUAUCAGUGACUGAAAGAUGUUUGCUAUUUCCAUGUCAUAAUUCGGGAACUUGCACACAAAUUGGUUGUCAAAGAAAGUGCGAAUGCACGUGGGGUUAUACGGGAGAAAAUUGUGAAAAUAGAAUUUCGCAGAUUUCUUGCCUCCAGUCUGGAAUUUCAAUUCAGUGGAAUCGAGAAAAUCACAAGAUGGGAAGAGUGUAUAAACUUCAUCUGGAGGAUUUGAUGUCUAAGUCGAGCAAAGCAACAAACGUGCAAAUCCUAGUGACUGAUGAGGCAUCAAUAAAUAUCGGGAAUGUAUCCGAACCGACACCAAUUCAUUGCGUCUCAAGCACUCGUCUUUCCAUAUCACCCGAUAAAUAUAUCCUUGUGGAUCUAUGGGUAGCUCGGAUUAGAAUGUCUUUGAAAUCCGUUGCUAAAGUCUAUUACAUCUUUGAUGAAUCAAAGUUCAAAGUCGAACUUGUUGACUUGUCGUAAAGUAAAACUUCAUUUUAUUGAGACACUCAAAGGAUUGUCAUGAUGUUGUAUAAUGUCUAUCUUAUACCAUAUCUGUCUUCAUUAUCACGAAAUUUAGUUUUAUCUGCGGUCACCCAUGCUUCAAUGCGAAGUAAAACAAAGACGAAAUAUUUAAACAUUUGCAAGUUUGAUCUAGAUUUUUCAACGGAUGUUCUGUCUCAUUCUUCUGCAGAAUAAAACUUUUUCGUAUGUCAUUAAUCGGCAGCUAUCAUUGAGUAUUGCUGUCACAAAUUAGAUUAGGAUAUUAUUGUUGCACUACUACA